AUGCUGAACUCUACUCGUGUUUCAUAUUUCACUCUUGCUGCCUACUUUGACACCGGGCUUCUUAAAUAUUUAUAUUUCGUGAUUGUCAUGUCAUUAUAUAUUGCAACUGUCGGUUCCAAUGUGCUGCUGAUUGUGGUCAUCUGUGUGAACAGAAGCUUACAUGAGCCUAUGUACCUGUUUCUGUGCAGCCUGUUUGUAAAUGAACUGUAUGGUAGCACAGGGCUGUUUCCAUUCCUCCUGGUUCAGAUUCUCUCUGACGUUCACACUGUUUCUGCUUCUCUGUGUUUCCUGCAGGUGUAUUGUUUGUACACAUACGCAAAUGUGGAGUUUUGCAAUUUAGCCGUCAUGUCUUACGACAGAUACCUCUCUAUCUGUUAUCCUCUACAAUAUAACUCACGUAUGACAUUUCACAAGGUCACCAUGCUUAUGGCUCUAAUAUGGGUUUUCCCAUUUAUUGAAGUUGCUGUCAUGAUAUUUCUGACUGUCCCUUUACAGCUGUGUGGGAACAUCAUCAGCAAAGUUUACUGUGACAACUACUCCAUUGUCAAACUGUCCUGUUCUGACACCACAGUCAACAAUGUCUAUGGACUUGUAUACACAUGUGCCAUAGUAGCUGCUGUUGUAGUUUUAAUCCUUUACACUUACAUGAGGAUCCUUAAAGUGUGUUUCUCAGGCUCCAAACAGACCAGACAGAAAGCUGUCAGUACCUGCACACCUCACCUCGCUUCUCUGCUCAACUUCUGUCUGGGUGGUUUCUUUGAAAUAUUACAGAGCAGGUUUGAUAUGAGCAGCGUGCCUAUUAUGUUGCGCAUUUUUUUGUCAUUAUAUUUUCUAACGUGCCAGCCGCUCUUCAACCCUGUGAUCUACGGACUGAGACUGUAUAAAAUACGUAGCUUAUGUAAAAGUCUGGUCUUUGGUAAAAUGUAA